UCAAGAAUUCUCAUAUUCCUCUAUGACUCCAUAGACAUAGUGUAUUAUUCCCUGUUAAGAGAGAGAUUUUUCCCAUUUUGUAAGAUGGUGCAAAUGCUUCUCUUCUGUAACUCAUGUAUGGCACUCAGGAUUAGUUUCUGUUGCCCUUUCUGCUCACUAGAUUUUACGCUGGGCUUAAAUUAUAACCCAAGACAUCCAGGGGUGUUCUGGGUCUAACAAGGAAAAGAAAAAUAACUAUACCCUUUAAGAAUUGCAAAACAUAGCCAUCAUGAAUUGUCAGGACCCACCACAGUUUAAUUUAUUUGGGACAACUCUCCUGGGAUAUCAGACUAAACACCUGGUAAAGACCUUUGGGAAAACCAAUGGCUCAUCCUAGGUGAAGUAGAAUUGGCAGCAUUGUGGUGACACUUGGUGGAUGGAAUGAGGUGGAAAUCUGUCAGAUGAUGAUAUUUAUGAAAGGCCAAGAGGGUAAAGACAGGCUCAAAAGCACAAUAAGAAUGAUGGUAUAUCCUGGGGCAGGGGUGGGAAAGAGGAUGCCUAGGAUCACUUAACCUCCAUAAGCUGGUGGAUGGAAUCAUCAUGAAGGGCCAUAGGGGAGGAGCAGCAGCCAGGGGAGGUUGGCUACAGAGUGCUAUGGAGGUGGUUAACAGAGUAUGUCACCUCUAGGAGAAGAAUAAGUGGGUAGCCAAUAGGGGUACUGUUCAGUUUGUGCCAGCAGAAGAGGGUAAGAUGGACAUCUUAAGGGUUGUGUGCUAGCUUUUCCAUCAAAAGUCCCCAACACUAAUCCAGUUCCCAGAGGAGAGCAAGUUUUCUAACCCAGAACUCUCUGUAGUGGUCAUGAUGGCAGAGAAGGCUAUGAAUAGGCCCAACAGCAUGAACUCCUUUUUACCAAGGCUCUUUUAGUUAUUGCUGUCACCAGAUGGCACUCUUCCUCAAGAAUUCCUGUUGUUCAUUGGGCGGCAAGUUGAUGUAUUGAAUCCUUUCUGUUCUAGAAAGGUCAUAUAUUUAGUUUAGUAAGAAGAGACAUAUCCUGAAUGUGCAAUGGAUUUUUAUCCUCUCAAGGCUCCAGUUAGUACCAUUUUUCAAACAGAGUGUUUCGUGUUUGGUUUACCACCAUGGGAUAUCACAUAUCAAAACAGACCAGGAGUUCCUUUUCUCUCAAUGGAAGUAUGGAAUUGCAUGUAGGACUUUGUGAUCCCUCCCCUUUUUACCACAUACUCAAUCGCUCAGGAGAUGCACAAAUGCUAGAAUAUUGGAAUACCCAACCAAAGGUGCAAUUAAAAUGCCAAGUUAUGAGCGUACUCUGCACGUUUACAGAACCUCUGUAAAUACCUCUGCUAUGCAGUGUAUUAGUUGUAGCAAAACCUUUAAUGCUAUACUUUGUCCCUAGUGGGAAGAGUAGAGGGGGUGGAAGAGGUAAAGUUAGCAUCACUCCUGAUGACCCACUGGGGGACAUUUUGUUUCUUGUUUCUGAAAUUCUAUACUGUGCCUGAUUAGAGAUCCUAGUUCCCCAAAGGGUCAGUCUUUUUCUAGGAAGCACAUAGAAAGUCCCAUUGAACUCUAAACUGUGGCUGCUACUUGGUUUCUAUGGACUCCUUGUGUAUAUGGACUAGCGUGCAAGAUGAGAAAUUGCCAUCUUGCCUUUUUCUACUUCCUCGGCACAAAUCAUCCUUGAUUGGAUUUUCUGGAGGAAUAUAAGGUGUUAAUUAGUGACUAAAACCUAUCAAAAGAGGAAAAUAAAAGCAGGGUAUAGAGAGAAGUUGAACUGUGAAACUUAUUUUACAGCCAUUGCCUACUAGUGGGGAGCUUUGGAGCAAAUAUUAUUUGUCAGAGUGGUCCUGCGCCAAGUAGAAAUGCCUGGGGAUUUACACCCCUUCCUCAUUAAGUUGCUAAAUACUGACCACUCUCAGCAGAUGCUGAGAACUGAUACAUGGCACUGUCUGUUGAAUGUACCUCCUAGAGUGGGCCAUGAGUUCCUCCUGGAAGGGAGAUCAGAGUAAAGCAUCUAUGUGUCUACUUACAUGUGAUCUAUUCAUAUCACUGCCUUAGACCCCAGGGCCAGUUUUACGAUAAGCAGGUAGGACAGGCAUGUAAUCCUAUCACAUCACCUGGAAGCUGCUGCCUCAGAAAACAUUGGCUCUCAGCCAAGUUACUAAACAGAGGGAUGAUUGUUUUGGGUGGGAGCCUGAAAGUAUAUUUGGUAGAAGAUACAGCAUUGAUCUGGUGGCUAUUGAAUAGUGUUAUGUCUCUAAGAGUUAAAAAAAAAAAAAAAAAAAAAAAAGAAAAAUCUAGUCUUUCUUACAGAGCAGCAGAGAAAGAAGUUAUUGCACUUUUGGAUGUAAUCAGCCCUGAUAAGCAUGAAGAUCUAGGGACCUAAGACUGUUACUAGAUACCACAGAAAGGAUCAAGUGUGUCUGGAGGCUGGACAUUGCUAGGAUACCUUUUGGUAUGUCCACAAUCAGGGAAAACAGUAAAUGUGCAAUUGCAGCAAUCCAAGAUAACUAGGGGCUCAUACUUCUCAGAGAUUAAAUCUAGGCCAUUCCACUGGGUAAACAACCUAGGUUAGUAAAAGUAAUGAGGCAGGGAAAAAGAAAUGUAGAACAGGAUACAGGAGAGGGCCGAUGAACAGCACUUAACUACCUUGGCACCUCUUGGAGCCAUGGAACUUGAGCUUGUUUAAUAAGUUCUAGCUUUUUACUGAUCCUGUCAUUGUUGGUGUUUGUUUUUGUUUUUAGAGAGAUUGUGGCUGGCCAAUGGCUUGAGAUAUCAGAGAUUCCCAUUAAAUACAGCUUAUGCUAUCAGGUCCUCCCAUUUGUAUCAUUUAGACUUUGAAAAAAAUCCUUCCUUGGACUUUGGAAUGCAUUCUUCUCUGCAGUUAGAGACUCAUGAAUUGAUGGUGACUUUUGGGGAUAUGGCAGUGGUAAUGACACCAUUUGGGUCAUUUAGAGAGAGGAUAUGGAGUCUAAUUGUCCUGGAAGUAAAUCUUCUACAUAGAAUGCUAAAUCUACUACCCUUGAAGAAGAAACAUCCUGAAUUUGACUAUCUUGUUGAAUAUCUAGUGUUACUCUUUUUUUUCCCCCAGUAGUCCAUUUGUAUACCAGCUUUCACAGGUGGCAACAUGAACUAAAUUUAAGUAUUAGCUUUUAUCUAAUGAACAAACCUCAGAAACAGUGAGUUUAUUUAUCUCUUUUUUUUUAUUUUACCAUCACUUCUCAUGCAUAACUGCAUAAUAUAUCAUAGUCAACUUAUUUGCAAUUUAGCAGGUCUGAAAAAAAUGUAUAAUUAAGACCAUUUCUGAGAAACCAGUUGGAGACUGAGUCCUGUCCCUGUAGGAGGAUUCUUCAGCCACUAUGCCAACUGGCACAGAUGUUUCUCUUUCUUCAUAUGAUGAAGAUCAGGGAUCUAAACUUAUCCGAAAAGCUAGAGAGGCACCGUUUGUUCCCAUUGCAAUGGCCAGGUUUACAGCAAUUGUUGCAUAUGGAUUAUAUAAAUUGAAGAGCAGGGGAAAUACUAAAAUGUCUGUUCACUUGAUCCACAUGCGUGUGGCAGCCCAACACUUUGUUGUGGGAGCAAUGACUCUUGAUAUGGGGUAUUCCAUGUAUAAGGAAUUCUGGGCAAAGCCUAAACCUUAGAGGAAGAGAAGCUGUCUCAGUUUUGUUGGUGGUAUUUGCUUUACUUAGGCAUCUCAUAUUGAGUUUAUAUGUUUAUGUUGAAAAUAAAUUAUUUGAAUGGGUCAGAUAAUAUGGUAGUUUAAGAAUUGGCUUCCUUUCUUACAGGCUUGAUUUGACUGGUUACCAAAUUACUAGUGACCAAUGAACUAGCUAGGUCAUUCAGGGGAGUCACAUUAGCACAAAAGAAGAAACAUGUCACUUUUAAAUGGACUGGACAGUGGAAAAUAUGCUCCUCCUUAAACUCUUAUGAUAAAAUCAGUUAUAAAGAGGACAUUGUGCCAGUCCUGAAGUACUCCUAGUUGCUGAUUUAAUUCUAGUAUCAAAACAUGCUUUUGAAAAAAAAAAAUGCUUUUGAUGUUAUGUAGGAAUCCCAUUUAACUUUUUUCUGCCUAUUUUGCAGAUUGAUUGGGUACUUCAGUUUUUAGGAUUGGUUCGCUCUUAAUCCUUUCAGAACAGUGCAUGGAAUAUAGUAAGCUUCCCCACAACCUAAAAUACAUUUAUUUAAGCCACACCUAAAAAGCCAUAAAGAGCUGUUUAUAGAAGUAAUAU